UCUGACUUCAAUCGUUUAAAAAAAAUCUGUCAAAACAAAGAAAAAUUAAAAAAGUAAUAAUUAUUUAAAUGAACGAAAAACUCGUACAAAUAUUUACUCUGUUGAAUAAAAAUUAACAACAAAUAAGUGAAUUUCUAAGGUAAAUUCUGACAAUAACUUGUGAUGGAAAAUGAACAAAGGAAUUAACAUAUUUUUGACUGAAAGUAUAUUCUAAAAAAUUAUGAAUAGUCAAUUAACAGCUGGUACAGUAGAAAAAAGUCAAGCAAUUUUAGAACACAUUCAAGUAUCAGUUAUGUCAGGAAAUGUUAAAAAUAACAACAAUGUUGAAGGUUACAAUAAUAAUGCAGAUAAACUGAUCAAUGAUGACGAGCACAAUGAUCGAGUCAAUAUUUCAGAAUCACAACGACUUUAUACAAGUUUAAUGGCUGGUGCUAUUGCAGGUGCAUUAGCAAAAACAACAAUAGCACCGUUAGAUAGAACUAAAAUUAAUUUUCAAAUUUCUAAGAUGCCAUUUUCUCCACGUGCUGCAGUGGAUUUUUUAAUAAAAACAUAUAAAACAGAAGGAUUAUUAAGUCUAUGGCGUGGAAAUAGUGCAACUAUGGUACGAAUAGUGCCUUACUCUGCCAUACAAUUUGCCUCAUAUGAACAAUGGAAAAUAAUAUUAAGACUUGACAACAAAAGCACAGAGCCAAUUAAAGGGCUAAUAGCUGGUGCAUUAGCUGGUGUAACAUCAUCAUCUCUCACUUAUCCAUUAGAUUUUGCGCGGGCACGCAUGGCAGUAACGCAGAAAGCUGAAUAUUCAACGCUUAUCAAAGUAUUUUCACAAAUAUAUAAGAGUGAAGGUUUCUGGGCAUUUUAUCGAGGAUUCACUGCAUCAAUUCUUGGAGUAAUUCCAUAUGCGGGAUGUAGCUUUUACACGUAUGACACGCUGAAAAAAUUUAUAAAAGAAGAAAGAGUACAAAGUCAUCCUGGAAUUGCAACAGUAGCUUCCCUUAGCUGUGGGGCGAUAGCGGGAGCCGUUGGUCAGACCGCAAGUUAUCCUUUAGACAUUGUGAGGCGACGAAUGCAAACUUCUGCUAUUAAAGGAGCUCAUUAUCAUACGACAAUAUCAACUACCCUAAAAAUAUAUCAAGAGGAAGGCAUCAUGGCAUUUUACAAAGGUUUAACAAUGAAUUGGGUAAAGGGUCCAGUGGCAGUUGGCAUAAGUUUUACUACAAAUGAACUGAUUCGCGAUUGGCUAAGAAAAUAUGUAAAUGGAUGAGAUUGAUUAUUUUUUUAUUUGUUUUAUUAUUUUAUUGUUUAUAUCAUCGAAUUUAAUGUAUACGAUUUAAUGAAGAUUUAGA